AAAAAUGGUGAAAUUGACGAAUAAUAAUGAUGGAGUGACAAACGAAACUAACUUAUCGAUAUGGCUGAUUCAUCGGAUGACCACCCCACUACAAGUUCGCUUUAUGUUUAAACUGGACGUAGAAGUGUCGAGACCGUCGUAAAAGACGGUGAAUUUUUAGUUGAUCCUUCAUAGUAGAAAGAAUGGCGUUAACACUUAGUAAAUUCGUGACUAAACGCACAGUGAUUAGUAUUUGUACAUUAUCUACAUUAAUAUGGAUAUUAAAAAGAAGAAACCGGAAACAGGUUGCAAAAUACAGAAAUAUUUGGCCUGUUGAAGAUAUACAAUAUAUUAUUAAAGAGGAAAAACCAAAAGGACCUAAAGCUCAUGUAAAUGCGAGAUUUUUUCGACAAUUAUAUCAAUUGCUUAAAAUUGGUAUACCCUCAAUAGUAUCUUCUGAAUUUGCCUUUGUUCUCCUUAUCGCAGGUACACUUAUUACAAAAUCUUUUUGUGAUCUCUGGAUGAUAAAUAUGAGCACUUUAAUUGAAUCAUCAAUUCUUAAAAUGGAUAAAUCUUUAUUUAAAAGACGUCUACUUAAAUUCUUAGCUGUAUUACCAAUGAUAUCUAUUGUGAACAACGUACUGAAAUAUAGUAUAUACGAAAUGAAGCUAAGGUUACGCACAAAUAUUACACGAAGUUUAUUGGAUCAAUAUCUUAAUGGUUUUAUUUAUUACAAAAUGAAUAAUUUAGAUAACCGUAUAGCAAAUCCAGAUCAACUUUUAACUACUGAUGUUGAUAAAUUUUGUGAAAGUUGUACAGAUCUAUAUAGUAAUCUUACAAAACCUUUAUUAGAUAUUAUCAUUUAUGUUUAUAGGCUCACAUCUACUCUUGGUAGUGAAACUCCAGUAAUUAUGCUUUCAUAUCUCAUUUUUGCUGGAAUGAUAAUAACUCAUUUGCGUAAACCUAUCAGUCAAAUGACAAUAAAAGAACAACAUUUAGAGGGUGAAUAUCGUCAUAUUAAUUCAAGAAUAAUCACUAAUUCUGAGGAAAUAGCAUUUUACCAAGGAAAUAAUCGAGAAAAAUUAAUUUUGUUAACUAGUUUUCAUAAACUUGUAACACAUCUUCGCAAAUAUCUAGAAUUCAGAACUCUCAUAGGAAUAAUUGAUAAUUUUGUUGGUAAAUAUAUGGGAACUGUAAUUGGUUUCUACGCAGUGAGUUUACCUUUCUUCAUAGAAAAUCAUUCUAUUCUCUCAGGAACUCCUAAUCAUCGAUUUAGGAGUUAUUAUACAUAUGGUCGUAUGUUAGUAAAAUUGGCAGAAGCUAUUGGUAGAUUAGUUUUAGCUGGAAGAGAAAUGACGCGAUUGGCAGGAUUUACUGCAAGAGUUAGUGAGAUAAAGAUCGUUCUUAAUGAUUUAAAAACAGGAAAAUAUAAAAGAACAAUGAUUUCUGAUUUCAAAAAUGAUCCGAUUGGAAUUCCGGGUAUAGGAAAAAUAAUAAACAAAGACAAUAUCAUAAAAUUCGACCAUGUACCUCUGAUAACACCUAAUGGAGAUAUUCUUAUCAAAGAACUAUCAUUUGAAGUUAAAUCAGGAAUGAAUGUGUUAGUUUGUGGUCCAAAUGGUUGUGGAAAAAGUUCUUUGUUUAGAAUUCUUGGAGAAUUAUGGCCAGUUUGGAAUGGAACAAUUACCAAACCUCCUCGAGGAAAAUUAUUCUACAUUCCUCAACGUCCUUAUAUGACUUUGGGUACACUAAGAGAUCAAAUAAUUUAUCCUCAUACCAAGACGGAAAUGAUACGACGCGGACAAAUGACUGAUGCUGAUUUGAAGAAAUUAUUAGAUCUCGUUCAAUUGGGUCAUCUAUUAGAAAGAGAAAAUCUUACAAGUAGUGAAGGGCAAGGUUGGGAUGUUGUAGCUGAUUGGAUGGAUGUUUUGUCUGGUGGUGAAAAACAACGUAUAGCUAUGGCACGACUUUUCUAUCAUAAACCACAAUUUGCAAUUUUGGAUGAAUGUACAAGUGCUGUUAGUGUUGAUGUCGAAGAUUCAAUGUACUUGUACUGUAAACAAACUAAUAUUACAUUAUUCACAGUAUCACAUCGACGGUCUCUUUGGAAACAUCAUGAGUAUUAUUUACGAAUGGAUGGAAGAGGUAAUUAUGAAUUUAAAACUAUCGAACCGGAUACAAAAGAAUUUGGAUCGUGAAUUUCCAUGUUCCUUGCAUUUAAUAAUACUUUAAUAAUGCAAGAGAUUAUCAAUUUAUAUUCGAUUAAUUUCGAAUAAUUUAAAUGUAAAUUUGCAGUGUAUAGCAUAUCUCUAUAUAUAUUGUAUGUAUUGUAUCUUUCUUUGGUUAGAAUCUAGAUUUAUGAAUAUUCAUAUUGUAUAUUUUUAUAUACUGUAUUUUUAUAUACUAUAUAUUUUUAUAUUGUUAUUUUUUUAUGAAAAAUGAUAAGAAAUAACAAAAAAUAUUAUAUAAAAAUACACUGCAAUUUAGGCCUUAAUGUAAUUAAUUCAAAAAAAAUUAAUAUGUGAUUUAAAUAAUUGUACAUUUCUUCUAAUAUUAUUGAAAAAAGGGAGAAAAAUUUAUGGGAACAUAAUUUUCCGGAUAUAAAUUUAAGCUAUCAUAAAAAUAAUAUAUUUUUGAUACAAUUUUUCAAAUUUACAUCAUACAAAAUGUUAAAUUGUAUCAUAUAUGCAUUAAAAGUAUCUAAUUAAUUUUGAAUGAAUGUAAAAUAUCGUAAUUUGAAUAUAAUUUAAAUCAUUUUCCAUUUUAAUAGUCAGUAAUAAAAUUAUGAUUUGUUAUGUGUUGAUCACAUUAAAUAAAUUGCCAGAAUUUAUAUCAAAUUGCUGGACAAUAAGAAUGUGAAAUAAAGAUGAUAUAAAA